AUGGCCAACAUAAUCGAUGAAGAUGAUGAUCGACUUAUCGAUGCCGAAGAUUCCAGUUCGGAUGAUGAACAGCAACAAGAAGAAGAAGCAGAGCAAUCACUUUCAUUACCAUCUGUACCUGGAAGUAAAAAGCGUAAAAUAAAAAAAUCGGAAAUGAAACGAAAUAAAUUAAUUACUAUUCAACCUGGUCUCAUACGUUUAUCUGGUUUACCGUAUGGAUUUUUUGAACGUGAACUUUAUUCGUAUUUCUCUCAAUUUGGUCCUGUUACACGUUUAAAAUUAAUACGCUCAAAAAAGACCGGUGGCAGUCGUGGUUAUGCUUACAUUGAAUUUGAAGAUGAAGAUGUUGCACGUAUUGCAUCAGAGACAAUGAAUGGUUAUUUAAUGUUCCGUUCAUUAAUCAAGUCUCGUAUAAUGGACAGAACCAAAGUUGAUACGGAAAAAUUAUUUAAAAAUUGGAAACGAUUAUUUACUGUGAAAACACCACAACAGAAACGAGCUCUUCAUAAUCGUGUUAAAUCCAAUGAACAAAUCGAAAAAAGUAAUAAACGUCGCACGACAAAAUUAUUGAAACAACAACAAAAAUUAGCAGCAGCUGGAAUUAAAUACGAACUAACAGAUUUUAUUCCAUUGAAAGCGAUGCAGAAAGAAGAUGAAAAAAAUGUAUCAUCAUCAGAAAAGAAAAAUCAACAAGUUGCUAACAAAUCUACAAAGGAAAAAAUUGUGAAAACCUAA